AUGGCUUCAAAUCAUCUCAUUUUGGUUAUCUUCGUUACACUUCUACUGCACAGUAAUAACAAUACUGUCGUUGAGGCACAACUCCGAGCCGAUUUCUACUCAAAAUCUUGCCCUUCUCUUUUCACCAUAGUCGGAAAAGCCCUUCGGGAGCCCAUUGCACUCCAUCGUGCACCGAGUAUCAUUCGUCUGUUCUACCUGGACUGCUUUGUCAACGUAAGGGUCGUGUCUUGUGCUGAUAUCUUAGCCAUCGCAGCUAGACAAUCCGUCCAAUGGUAUCUGCGGUCGAGUUGGGAGUUGCUAUUAGGAAGAAGAGAUGCAAGAACGGCGAGUCAAGCGGCGGCCAACAGUAGCAUUCCAUUGCCGACUUCGAGUCUGACCGAGCUUAUUAGUAUUUUUGGCAAACUUGGAUUCAGCCCUAGAGAGUUGGUUGCUCUCUCUGGCGCGCACACGAUAGGGGAAACCAGUUGCAUAAACGUUCGAACGAGGAUCUAUAACGAUACAAACAUUAACCCCAGUUUCGCCGCCGACUUCCGGAAAAGAUGCCCGAUAACCUCCAUCGAUUGGAGACGGGUUCCACUCGACUACCUUACACCGGAUAGAUUUGACACCGGAUACUUCAACAACCUCAUGAGUUUGACAGGUGUCCUCCAUUCCGACCAAGAGCUCUUCAACAACGGCUCCACCGACUCCAUUGACCGUGAGUACAGCCACGAUGUAACGCUUUUUUACUCCGAUUUUACUGCGGCCAUGCUGAAGAUGAGUCUACUGAGCCCAUUGACUGGUAGUGAUGGUGAGAUCCGGAAGAGUUGCUGGAAGAUCAACUGA